AUGGAAGGUGUGGCUAUGAAACUCCCGUCUUUCAAAUCCCUAGCUCCCACCGCAAUCUCCGUCGCCUCUACCUUCUCCAGAAGACGGAGCUUCUCCUUCGUUCGCCGAUCCUCUUCUCUAUCCGCCACCAUCACCGCCGAUUCCGAAUCCGUCUCUCUCGGCCAACGCGCUCGUAAAGACUUCCGAAUCCUACACCAGGAAGUGAAUGGCUCAAAGCUUGUGUACUUAGACAGCGCUGCGACUUCUCAGAAGCCUGCUUCUGUAUUGGAAGCUUUGCAGAAUUACUACGAGUUUUAUAAUUCGAACGUUCAUCGAGGAAUCCACUAUUUGAGUGCCAAGGCUACAGAUGAAUUUGAGCUGGCUAGGAAGAAGGUAGCUCGUUUCAUCAAUGCUAACGAUAGUAGAGAGAUUGUUUUCACUAGGAAUGCAACUGAAGCCAUCAAUCUUGUUGCUUAUUCUUGGGGUCUUUCUAACCUCAAACCAGGAGACGAGGUUAUAUUAACAGUGGCUGAGCAUCAUAGUUGCAUUGUACCUUGGCAAAUUGUAUCUCAAAAGACUGGAGCUGUUCUGAAGUUUGUGACAUUGAAUGAAGAUGAAGUCCCGGACAUAGACAUGUUAAGAGGAAUGAUUUCUGAAAAGACAAAACUCGUGGCUGUUCAUCAUGUGUCAAAUGUUCUUGCAUCUUCUCUUCCUAUUGAAGAGAUAGUGGUCUGGGCACACGAUGUUGGAGCGAAAGUUCUUGUGGAUGCUUGUCAAAGUGUUCCCCACAUGGUGGUUGAUGUCCAGAAGCUAAAUGCUGAUUUCUUGGUUGCGUCUUCUCAUAAGAUGUGUGGACCUACAGGCAUUGGGUUCUUAUAUGGUAAGAGUGAUCUUCUACUUGCCAUGCCUCCAUUCUUAGGUGGCGGAGAAAUGAUCUCAGAUGUAUUUCUUGAUCAUUCGACUUAUGCGGAACCUCCAUCCAGAUUUGAAGCCGGAACACCUGCAAUAGGUGAAGCAAUUGCCCUUGGAGCAGCAUGUGAUUACUUGUCAGAAAUUGGCAUGCCGAAAAUCCAUGAAUAUGAGGUAGAGCUCGCUAAUUACCUGUACGAGAAACUGUCCUCAGUGCCUGAUGUCCGGAUAUACGGACCAAGGCCUUCUGAAAGUGUUCGAAGGGCUGCUCUUUGUUCAUUCAAUGUGGAAGGACUGCACCCAACUGAUUUGGCAACCUUUCUUGAUCAACAGCAUGGAGUUGCGAUAAGGUCAGGACACCACUGCGCGCAGCCACUCCACCGGUAUCUUGGUGUGAAUGCAAGUGCUCGCGCUAGCCUCUACUUUUACAACACAAAGGAGGACGUUGACUCCUUUAUCGUAGCACUUGCAGAUACUGUAAGCUUCUUCAAUUCAUUCAAAUAG